AUGCAGUUCACCAUCGCCACCAUUGUUGCCUUCGCCGCCGCUGCCCAGGCCGGCCCCCUCGCCAUCCGCGCCAACACCUGCAACAGCGCGCCUGCUGGCCCCGUCAACGCUGACGUCCAGCCUCGCUCCCAGCCUGCCGCGGCCAACGCCGACGCUUGCCAGAAGCUUUGCGAGGCUGACUCCGGCUGCCAGUCUUUCGUCUUCGGCCUUCCCCCCUCCGGCACCACUCCCCUCUGCUACCUCUACGCCGUCCCGGCUGCCCAGGUUCCUCCCCAGAGCAACUCUAACCUGAUGGUCUUCGACAAGGCUUGCACUGGCGUCCCUACCGCCGCCCCCACCCAGAACAACAACAACGGCGCCGGCAACAACAACAACAACGGCCAGGCCAACAACAACAACGGUCAGGCUGCUAACAACGGCCAGACUGGCAACAACGGCCAGACUGAGCAGCCCAAGAAGCGCAACGUCUGCGGCGCCGCCCCCACCGGCCCUGCCACCAGCGCCCCCAACCCUCUGGUCACCCGCUCCGACAUCGCCACCCAGGACGCCUGCCUUGCUCUCUGCAAGCAGACCUCUGGCUGCCAGGCUGUCGAGUUCGGCAAGCCUUCCGCCAACGAGCCCGUCCAGUGCCGCCUCUUCAACGUUCCCGCUGCUCAGCUCCCUGCCCCCACCAACGGCCAGACCUUCGUCGCUUUCGACACCGCCUGCUAA